AUGCGCCCAAAUACCGUCUUGCUGGCGCCGCUGGCUUUGUAUGCGUCGGGCGCCCUUGCGUUCUACCCGUAUACGCCGCCGUGGCUGAAAGAGCUUGAACAGCACAAUGCUGGUGAGGCAAAGAGGAAUGUGGAAAAUGGCAUGACAUUCGACAUCAGGCGAAGAGCAUCCAGACGUGCUCCUGCAUCGCAAGAAGAAAAGGCUGCAUGGCAAGCUGCUUUGCUAGCUCACAAAUACAACGAACGGAGCGCCCCGAAUUCCAACCAUGAUUCGAAUCUCUCAAAAAGAGGCAACCAGUUCCAUAUCAUGGAGGCUGUUGACCCCAAAACCCCAAAGACUGCGGGGCUCGACCAGGACGGAACCGAUUAUUCGUAUUUUGUAGAGGCAUUGCUUGGCUCUGGGAAAACUAAGAUGUAUAUGCUUCUCGACACUGGAGCUGGCUCGAGCUGGGUCAUGGGCACCGACUGUACAUCUCAAGCAUGCUCUUUGCAUGACUCUUUCGGACCCGAUGAUUCGAGUACACUGAAAUCCAGCUCAAAGGAUUUCUCCAUCGCCUAUGGAUCUGGAUCUGUUAGUGGUUCGCUGGUCACUGACACCAUCGAAGUGGCAGGCAUGAGCUUGUCAUAUCAGUUUGGUUUGGCCACCAAUACCUCUUCGGAUUUCGUGCACUUUGCUUUUGAUGGCAUUCUCGGCAUGUCCAUGAACAGUGGCGCCAAUGAGAACUUCCUAUCGGCAUUGGAGGGUGCUGGCAUGUUGAGCCAAAGCAUCUUCUCCGUCGCAUUGGCUCGAGCAUCUGACGGUUACAACGAUGGCGAAGUCACCUUUGGUGCCACAAACCCUUCUAGGUACACCGGCGCCAUCACGUAUACCUCCAUUCCUACUGGUAGUGACUGGUCCAUUCCGUUGGACGACAUGUCUUACAACGGCAAGAAGGCCAGUGCCGGCGGCAUCAAUGCUUACAUCGAUACCGGCACCUCCUACAUGUUCGGCCCAGCAAAGAAUGUCAAGGCUUUGCACGCUGUUAUUGAUGGAGCGCAGAGCUCGGAUGGCGUCACUUGGACAGUUCCCUGCGAUACCACUACCCCUCUGGUUGUCACCUUUUCUGGUGUUGAUCAUGCCAUCUCCAGCGAGGAUUGGAUCUCCCCCAAGGAUAGCACUGGAAAGUGCACCAGCAACGUCUACGGCUAUGAGGUAGUCUCUGGAUCCUGGCUCUUUGGUGACACAUUCCUGAAGAACGUCUACGCCGUCUUCGAUAAAGAUCAAAAGCGAAUUGGAUUUGCCAAGCGUACCGGCUCCUCCACCGGUAACAAAAGUAUCGCUACGGCCACGGAUUCGAGCAUUGCCUCUGCUACUGCAGAGAGCACCGGCACGGCCACCUUUGAGCCCCCGUCUUCGACCGAGCCUCCCAUGGGCCUCAAUGGCCAAGAGACUUCAACCGUAGCCCAGCCCACUCAAACCACUGGCUCCUCAGGGGCUGCAUCGCUUAUCCGGAGUGGCAGCCCGGCUCUUGUUUUAUGUAUAUUGCCUUUUCUUGUACUGCUGGCAUGA